GCACUCAUGGACAGGUUCAGUGCUGAGAACUUCACCAUUCUGGGAUUCUCAUGCAAUCAGUUUGGACUACAGGCACCAGAGAAGAAUCACGAAACCCUGGAUGUCCUGCGCUGUGUCAGACCUGGCGGCGGUUUCACCCCAAACUUCCCCAUGUUCAGUAAAAUCGAGGUUAAUGGACUGAAUGAGGAGCCACUCUACUCCUACCUGAAGGAGUCUCUUCCUUCUGUGAACCCUGUUUUUGGAGACAUCAAGAAACUCUACUGGUCUCCGAUUAAAGUCAACGACAUUCGCUGGAACUUUGAGAAGUUUCUUAUCACUGCUGAUGGGUUGCCAUUAAGACGCUAUGACCCCAGUCUCCCUUUUGAAGAGGUGGAGAGAGACGUAGCUGCACUCCUUUAACUCAUCGAGCUGUUCUGUCUACUUCUCAGCUGAUCUCGGAUCAGCUCAGUGCAGGGUUUCAUUAUGACUUGUAUAAUAUACUGUAAAAAUCUCACUGACCACAGAACAGAACAGGUCCAUAUAGUUAUAAACCCUGAUAUGCAAGUACAUUAGACACCUUCUACACUGUGGAAACAGGAAGAUGGUGAAUACAACCCUCAGAAAUUAGAUUCGAAGGAACUAA